CUGCCCAACAGUCAGAAGAAGCUCGCCAUCACCGUGUCAGCCGACGAGUGCAACACGGCCUAUGAGACCAUCAUCUCCAAGCUCGCCCGCACUGCCGACGUGCCGGGGUUCCGCAAGGGGAAGGCUCCUCCACAGAUGGUUCUGAAUCACUUCGGCAAGAAGAGCAUCACCGCGCAGGCUUGCGAGCAGAUCAUCGGCUCUGCCGUCCCUGCGGCACUCCAGCAGAAGAACAUCCGAGCGAUCGGGCAAGCACAGAUGGCGGACGAUGAGGCGAUCGGAAAGAUGAUUGACAACUUUGCGCCUGGACAGGACAUCAAGUUCGAGGUCCUCGUCGACAUCUGGCCUGAGGCAUCGCUCAAGGGCGCCUACAAGGGCCUCACAGUGAGCUGCUGGCGGCCUGCAAAAGUGUAUCCUGCAUCCCUCGGGGACUCGGUCGAUGAGAUCAAGAGAGAGGGAGCAGUUUGCGUCGUUGACUUGAUCGGAUACAAGAAGAACGCUGAUGGCUCCAAGGUGAAGAACAGUGGAUCCCAGGGCGAUCGCCUGCCGGAUCUUGCGAUCGGAGAGAAUGUCGAAGUUGUGAUGGAGAAGGGAAAGUUCUUCGAGGGCUUCGUUGAGAGCAUCGACGGGAUGCAGGCAGGGGACCAGGCGUCCGUCCCUGUCACCUUCCCCACCAACCACAAGGUCGCGGAGCUGCGGGGGAUGGAGGCGAUCUUCGACGUGACGAUCAAGGGCCUGAAGGACAUGAUGUACCCGGCCCUCGACGAUGACUUCGCCAAGAAGAUCCCCAACUGCGACUCCGUUGUCGCGCUCAAGAAGAGGAUCAGGGAGAGCAUUACUGAGGAGAGCUUGAUCUCCACCGGCAAGAACGUCGACAAGGCGCUCGAGAACGCGAUCGUCGACCUCGUCGACGUCGAGAUCCCCGAGACCCUCGUGGACGAGCAGACCAAGACCAAGUUUGCGAGCAUGAUGUCGGACUUCAAGGCCAAGGGGAUGGACGACGAGCAGAUCAAGUCGAUGAUCACCAAGGAGAACUACGACAGGUACAAGUCGACCAGCAGAGACAACACCGUCCGCUCCCUGCGCAUCUCCUUCGUCAUCGGUGAGCUC